GGACUGGUUGUUACAGCGUUGGUCGGAUCCCAACGGCGGCGUCUGGUCUUCGCAUUAAAGGCUCCUCCGCCGACCGGCCAUCUUAUCUUAUCGCAUCUCCGCGCUUGACGGUUUCUCUUCACGCCGUCGCGUUUCGUUUCAGGAAACGGCGAUAUUCCCUGUCCUUGGUUGUCCAAGUACCCUAUCCAGUUGCUUGCUGCGUUCCAGGAUGGCGUAUCAACUCUUUUCCAAGGCACAUCAGCCGAAGAACAAGACAUCCACCGUCCCUCCUGUCCAAAGCCCUUAUAAUGGCAGAUACCGACCACCGAUUCACCCUCCACCACCAGUGCCUCCUCCGUCGACAGUUCCAACGUCCAAGCCACCAGGAAGCAGUGGGGAUACAGCCGUCGAAUCCACCCCGUAUCCACAUCCAACCCCGUCGGGCUACCCAACUCCCCACCCCCACAUUACAAUUGAGACGGUCAGCACGGCACAUAUCCCUUCACUGACCCGAAUCACCGGCCUGCUUCUGCCAAUCCGCUACCCGAAUUCCUUCUAUACCGCGACUGUCACGGAUCCCGUCAUUAGCUCGCUGUCCCGCGUCGCUAUCUACCAUGACCAUCCCGUCGCCGAAGCCCCCACAUCGACACCUUCACCGAAGGCCAGUCCGGCUGCUAGUACCGCAAGGAAUAUCGGGGCUGAUAAAGUUAUUGGCGGUAUAAGAUGUCGACUGGAGCGGUUACCUCAAACAACGGCAGAGCUUCUACGUGCCAACCAAUCGCAUGGGAACUCGAUGCAAGAGCCAACGAAUCUGUACAUCCAGACCCUACAUUUGCUUUCGCCAUACCGGGGGAAUGGUGUCGCGGCAUUUUUACUCAACGCAUUGCUAUUUGCUAUGCCACCUGAGCAUAGUCUGGCUUCAAGAACGGGAGAGGGUGAUGAUGUGGGUUACCAGGUGUCGAAAUUGGUCAAACACUACAAUAUCCGCUCCGUCACGGCUCAUGUACACGAGGCAAAUGACGAGGGGUUAAAAUGGUAUAUGGCCCGGGGAUUUCAAGUAGAGGAUGGCGUGAUAGAGAAUUACUACCGCCGACUCAAACCGACAGGUGCCAGAAUCGUCAAGCUUGCCUUACAAUGGAAAGACGACGAGGAGGAUGACGAAGGGAUUUCCGGGUUGAGUAAUGGAGGCGAGGAGCAGAGUGAAGAAGAAAGUCCCUAUGAUGGUGACGACGAGGAUUGGGAAAAGGUCGAGGCGGAGGACGAAGACGAGAAACAAGAUCAUGGAGUCCAACCUUUUACGGAUUCCAGAAUUUUUGAUGUUGAUGAUGGAGGUAGUAGGAAGAGAAAGGCUGAGGAGGAGCCACUGUGAUGAUAUCCUAUUCUUUCAUUUUUCCUUGUUUUGGCGUUGGUAUAGGUCUACGGUUUUGCUCAUUAGGAUACCCUUUCGCCCUUCCUUUGCUAUAAAUAUUUGAUACGCAGCCAGAUACAUUUUUAAUGCAUGGGAACAAUGGAGAGGGACGAUGACAGAAUAUUCUUAAUUGAUCAGGUUGUUCAGGCAUGAGGAUAUCUAUGACGGCGGAGAUAUUCCCGUCCAAUAAGAGAUUCUUUUCCAAGC